UGAGAGAGAGAAAUGGAUGCCCCAGCACCCGUUGAGAAGAGAGGACCACCAAAGUUCAAGCAGAGGGCCGCUCGUACCUUCAAGAGCAAGGCUCCCAAACCUGGCCAGAAAGGCUUCGGAGACGACAUCCCUGGGAUGGAGGGUCUCGGCACAGACAUCACUGUGGUUUGCCCCUGGGAAGCUUUCGGUGACAUGGAGCUCAGCGAUCUGGCCAAAUAUGGCAUUUUGUAGAAACUUUCCUUCUGAUCAAGUAAUAUUACCCACACCGAGACUGAACAAGCAACAGAUGCUUUCAGUCCAACACACAACUAGGAAACGAUAUGAUUAUAUGAUUAAUAUUUAAUAACAUUAAAUUAUAUGAUUUUUUUUUUCGGGAAAAAAGUACAAAUGGCACAGUGACUCUUAGCAGGAGGAAUCGAUCUCAGAGACACAUGAACUAUGUACAAACCAACGUUUUGAAAUGUACAUGUGAUUGUGUCUGUGUCAGAAUCAACUCAGUUCAUCAAAACCCUUGAUUUGGCGGUAGAACACAAUAAAAAAUGUAUUUUCCCAAA